AUGAUGGCUCAGUCAGAUUUAGAUCUAAAAGAGACGGCUCUGAAAGAGGAUUUGAAGUUUUACUUCAUGAACCCAUGUGAAAAAUAUAGAGCAAGACGUCAAAUACCGUGGAAACUGGCUUUGCAGAUUUUGAAGAUACUUAUGGUUACUACACAGCUUAUCUUUUUUGGUUUGAGUAACCAGUUGGUGGUUUCAUUCAAAGAAGAAAACACUAUUGCUUUUAAACACCUAUUCCUGAAAGGCUAUUCUGGAGUUGAUGAAGAUGACUACAGCUGCAGUAUAUAUACACAACAGGAUGCUUAUGACAGCAUUUUUUAUGUUAUUAAUCAGUACAAGCAAUUAAAGAACAUAUCCCUGGGGACGCUUGGUUAUGAACAUGAAGGAUCAGGUUUAAAAAUCUGUAAACAACAGUACAAGAAAGGCACGAUGCUUCCUUCCAAUGAUACGCUGAACAUAGAUGUUUCUACUGAAACAGAAUGUAUCUUUUUUAAGCCACAGGAGCUAGCUGGUAAGAAGGCUGACCUGAAGCUGAACUCCUCUUUUUUCAAUCUUGAAUUUUACAGGCUUAUACAGGUUGAAAUCUCCUUCAAGCUGAAAGGCAUUGCUCUACAGACAAUCCAUGCCCGUGAAUUGCCUGACUGCUAUGCAUUUCAAAACACUAUAACUUUCAAUAAUAGAGCCCACAGUGGAAAAAUCAAAAUCUAUUUUGAUAGUGACACUGAUAUUCAAGAAUGUAAAGACUGGCACAUAUUUGGCUCUGUUCUCCAGAAAAACACUCAGUAUAUUCUGGUCUUUGAUGGAUUUGUCAUUUUAAGUUGCUUUGCUUCUCUCAUCCUCUGCACACGAUCCAUUGUUCUUGCCUUGAGACUACAGAAAAGAUUUGUGAACUACUUCUUGGAGAAAUAUAAGCGUCAUGUCUGUCACGCUGAUCGCCUGGAGUUCAUAAAUGGAUGGUAUGUCCUGGUAAUUAUCAGUGAUGUGAUGACAAUCAUUGGGUCAAUCCUAAAAAUGGAAAUAAAAGCAAAGAACCUCACAAGUUACGACGUCUGCAGCAUUUUGCUUGGAACAUCAACCUUGUUUGUCUGGGUUGGAGUCAUCAGAUACCUGGGAUAUUUUCAAACCUACAAUGUGCUCAUUUUAACUAUGCAGGCGUCAUUGCCCAAAGUGCUAAGGUUUUGUUGUUGUGCUGGGAUGAUUUAUCUUGGUUAUACUUUCUGUGGUUGGAUUGUCCUGGGACCUUAUCAUGAAAAGUUUGAAGAUCUGAACACGGUGGCCGAGUGUCUGUUUUCUUUGGUCAACGGUGAUGAUAUGUUUGCAACUUUUGCCCAAAUCCAGCAGAAGAGCACACUGGUGUGGGUGUUCAGUCGGUUGUAUCUGUACUCCUUCAUCAGUCUGUUUAUAUACAUGAUCCUCAGCCUUUUUAUUGCGCUCAUUACCGACUCCUAUGACACCAUAAAGAAAUACCAACAAAGUGGAUUUCCAGUAACAGAUCUACAUGAAUUUCUAAAAGACCAUAGCAGUGUUGGUUACAGAAAAGAACAGACUUCCAUGCCAUUCAUCUGCUGCUGUAGGAGACAACAGAGUGAUGACAACUUGAUACUCAUUAAUUGA